UCAGAACGAUAAAACCCAUUACGCGCUGAGUAUUGACCUAAUCCACGUGACCCGUCCCUCAAGCCUACACGUGUCCCCACCUAAAACCCCAGCAAAAUCCACCGUUCGGACCACUCGCGGCCUUCGCCCAGUCGCAGCGACCCCCAAGAAUGCGCCAUCAUCGUCAAUGGUGAUCUUCAGAUCCUUACGAGCUCUGACGUCGAAACAGCGAAACAUAACCGCCGUCGCCGGAACCCUAACGUACCACCGAAGCUUCCUCACCGCAUCAACCUCCCCUUUCCCUUCCCCUAACGCUCUCCUUGCCUUCUCCCCUCACUCGCCGUCUGCUCCGCCUCACUUCUUCCUCUCCCCGCUCUCCAAAUGGAUCGCGGCUCCGCUUCUUCUUCGAGGCCCUCUCUUCCUCGCCUCGCCGCCGUGGAAGCUGCUGCAGUCCUCGACACCAUUCCACCUGCGCGGGAACGGUCCUGCCCUCGCGCUGCUGAGGAGAAGAAGGGCGGAGGCUCUGGAGAGGUUGAAUUCGCGGCUCGAUUCGUUUAAGAUCAGGAUCAGCUCCUCAUCCUCCGCCGUGACCACGGCUGCGGCGCCUUAUGGCGUCGUCGUGGAGGAGGAAUCGGGAAGGAAUCGCGCGGCGGCGGAGGAGUGGUUUUGGGACAGCUUCGUGAAUUGGCCUAAUUUUAUCUCGAUCAGUCGCUUGGUAUCGGGCCCUUUUCUUGGAUGGAUGAUUGCCAACGAGAUGUAUUCUGCUGCUUUUGUUGGUUUGGCAAUCUCUGGAGCUAGUGACUGGCUCGAUGGUUAUGUUGCGAGGAAGAUGAACAUAGACUCGGUGGUGGGUUCAUAUCUUGAUCCUCUUGCUGACAAGGUUCUCAUUGGUUCAGUAGCCGUAGCAAUGGUCCAUAUGGAUCUCUUACAUCCUGGACUUGUUGGACUGGUUUUGCUUCGAGAUGGUGGUCUGGUUGCUGCAACUCUAUAUCAUAGAGCUAGUAGCUUGGGAUGGAAGUGGGAUAGUUGGUAUGAUUUCGUCAACCUGAAUGGAUCUGGUGCUGAGAAGGUUGAGCCUCUAUAUAUAAGCAAGGUGAAUACAGUUUUCCAACUGCUAUUGGUCGCUGCAGCUCUUCUUCAGCCGGAUUUUGGAACAGUGGAAACCCAAGUAUACGUAACGUACUUGAGUUGGCUGGUGGCCUCAACAACAGUCGGCUCCACUGUAGCAUACGGAGCUAAGUACCUGAACAACAGAUCUGCAUUACUUGCCAGGAAAUCAUAGUUUGAUAGUUGACCUGAACAUUGCCAAAGACGAGCUUACUAUGUAGGUGCCAGUCGGCCAAUGGUCGCAGAAUUUGGAUGACAAGGCGACAAAGAUGAACAAACCAUAUAGCGCCUGGACAUGUUUGGCAAAAAUUGCAGUGCAAUGCAGUGCAGGGAGUGUGGUGUAUUUGUGACAACUUCAUAGCUCAUACUACAGGGAUUGCAAAUGCAGAUACCGAAUGGGAUUAUCAUUGCAAAGUGACGUUGAUGCCAAAAGAGUGAGGAGAUGAGCAUCUGGCCAAGAAUUGAGGAACGAAUGCAGAAAUAGAUUACAGUAGUUUAUGGCAAACCAUAUCACAAUGCAUUGAGCUCACUAGCGAAGCCUCACGAUCAGGAAGGAACUUCUAGGGCUACUUCCACCAUCUUGCUAACCAUUUCCAGAAAGAAGCACAAACAAGUGGGAGCGAUUAAUCGACCGAGGCAGUACCAAUGUUCAUCGUUCAUAUCGCCUAAUCCACACUUACAAUGGAGAAGUCGAAAACCAUUAAGGCACUCUAGAUCACAAUGAGCAGCGAACUAAUUGCAUUAUUUUGUUUUGACCUAAACUGUCAAGAGCUACCAUUGUCGUAUAAAAAUUCUCAGCCAUUCUGACCUCUCAUGUUCAAUGUCAACGGAAAACCAGAGAAAUGUUUACCUUACUGCGGGAAGCCAGCUAAAACUUCAUCCCAUAAAUGGGCAUUCUUGGAGAACUUCUCCUUCAUUUGCCCUACAAUCUCCUUUGCCUCUUCAACUCUACCUUCACCCGCAAGCCCGUUCACCAACAGCUUCAUCGUCGAGAAAUUCGGCACCCAGUUCUUCUCCAUACUCUCCUUAGAGAACCUCAAAGCAGCAUCAAAAUCCUUCCCCACACACAAGUAGUAGAUCAAAGUGAAGUAGCACUCAGAACAAGGCGGGUGUCCCCUGCCCACCAUGCUCUUAAACAGCUUCUUGGCUUCCUCCAAAUCCCCUGCGCUACAAAACCCAUGAAUCAACUCAGCAAAAGUAGUGGAAUUAGGCUUGGGGCCCUCUUUUAACAUCUUCUCGAGCAAAGCCAUUGCUUCCCGAGCUCUCUUCAGCUUGCACAAGCUCUGAAUCCUAACAUUGUAAGUAGCAGUUCCAGGGGAGAUCGAAUACUCUGUCUUCAUCAGUUCCAAAACUUUAGCCACCUCUUCGAACUUCUCCUCUUUGUAGAAGCCAGCCAGCAGAUUGGAGAAAGUAGUGGCGUUGGGAGAAAUUCUGUUAUUCUUCAUCUCUUGCAGGAUCGAGUAAACCGAGCUCGAACUCCCGGACUCGGUAAACGACUUGAUUACAGUGUUGUAAGUGUCGAGAUUCGGACUGAUUGAGUAGAUUUUAGGGAAAUCGACGAAGAUCCGCUUCAACUCGACGUAGUUCUUCGCAAUGGUGCAGGCGAAGAGCAAGGCGUUCAGCGUCUUCACGGAGCCGGCGGCAGAGCCGGCGUCAUCGUGGUGCUUCUUGAAAGUGGCAAUCGCAUCGUCGACCAUAUUGGCCUGGCCGAAGAGAACGAUUGCCUGAGCGGCGAACUUCUCGGUGCGGAGGUCGGGGCGGUCGCGGCGGAGCUCGUCGAGGAGCUGCUUGAUGUAGGAGAACUGGUUGGAAUCGGAGAGCUUGGUGACGGCGAUGGAGAAGGCGAUGCGGUCGAGGUGGAAAUCGGGAGUCAGGGCGGCCGCGCGGCAGAUCUCGAGGAUUCUCUCCGGGUUUUGCUCGGAUUUGAGGAGGGAGAGAGCGGCGCGGGUUUUGUCUUUCGCGGAGAGUGGAGCCUUGGAGUCUGCUGAUAGAAUCGUGGAGAAAUUGCGGUGCGCGGCGGUGAGGGACGGGAGACGGAGGCGGGAGAAGAACGCCAUUGUUGAUUGAUUUGAGAGAUCAGUAGAGUGGGAGGGAGAGAGCUCUGUGAAGGAACUGGAAAUGGUUAGGGUUUCUUCGAGCUAUUUCUGGCUCGCCAGGGGUUUUAGGGAAAUUGUUAUGCUGUGG